AUGGAUUUAUCAUCUUCAAGAAUUUUAACAACAUCAUCAAUUGCAAAUACAUCAUCAGGUGCUAUUAUAAUACCUGCUGUUAAAAAUUCUUCAUCAUUAAAUAAAAAUGCCUUGAAUCCAAUGCGUAUUGGUGAUGCAGCUUUACAAAAAAUGCGUACUAUAACAACAACACCACCAAUAACAUCAUCAUCAAAUGAUUCAACCGAUCAACAACCAGCUGUUUUUAUAAUGAAUAAUACUAAAACUGAACCUCAACAACCACGAACAAUAACUGUUAAUCGUCUUUUAUUUUCAAAUAAUAAUCAUCAUAAUACAAAUAUAACUAAUCCAACAUCAACAACAAUUAUAAAUGGACAAAAUGGUAUUAAUUUAGCAACACUUGUUAAUAGUUUAAAUACAUUAAAUCAAAUGGCAUUAUUACAAUCAACAAAUAAUUCAACAACAACAACACAGAAUAGUAUUGCUAAACUUCUUGAAACACCUAUUCUAUCAACAACAAAUGUUAUUCAACAACCGCAAACAACAAUUGUACCAUCUAUUAAUAAUCAUAUUUCGUCAUCAAAUAAAGAAAAUGAAAAUACUCCUUCACCACGUAUAACAAAUGUACGUUCAACAUCUGUUUUACCAACAUCCAUACAAUCAUCCUCUGCAACAACACCAACAAUACAAAAUGAUGCAUUUUUUGCUAAAACAAAAGUGUUAGUUGAACUUUUAACAUCACCAAGUACACAACCACCAUCAUGUUUUGGUUCAUCAUUAAUUGAACCUGAAACUCAAACACCAUAUUCAGAUGCAACACGUACACGAUCAAAAAAACGUAUUAAUCGUAUUAAACGACCAAUGAAUGCAUUUAUGGUUUUUUCACAAUUGGAACGUCGUAAAAUUGUACAAUUAGCACCUGAUAUGCAUAAUGCUGAAAUAUCAAAAUAUUUAGGUGCAAGAUGGAAACGUUUAUCUGAAAUUGAACGCCGUCCAUUUAUUGAUGAAGCUGAAAGAUUAAAAAUGUUACAUUUACGUGAAUAUCCCGAUUAUAAAUAUAAACCACGUAAACGUGCUAAAAAAGGUUCAACACCACCAAGAAAUUCAACUAAUCCACAUACAUCAUCAUCAAUGGAUACAACAGAUACAUCAUCCGAUGAUUGUACAUCGAAAACAACAAUUUUACCUGGUAUUAAUCGUUUAGAUGAAAAUCUUUCAACAUCAAUUGAAAAUGAUUUUGAUGAAAAUUCAUCAUCAGCAUUACUUACAAAUACACUUGCUUCAUUGAUUGAUCCAAAAUUAGGUUUAUUUUCAACAAAUGCAAAUUUUGAUGAUCCAUCAUUUUUUACAUCAUCACAAAUAGCAACAGGUACAUCAUCAUCAUCAUCAUCAUCAUCACAACAAAUUGAUCCACUUUUACUUGAUGCACUUGCAUCAGCUGAUCCUCAAACACAAGAAGCUUUUUUUAAUCAAUUACAAAUGCUUGGUGAUUUUAAAUUAUGGGCUGAUCUUGAUUUAUCAAAUAGCGAUCCAACUUUAUAA